AUUUUACCGACGGGAACCGACCGACGUACGUUCGACUCGAUGUCCGGCGGGCUGACUGCGCCGCUCAGACGGCGGACUGCUACCGUGUCCAUCUUUACACGGCGCAGAUAGGCUGAGACGGAACACGACUCGGGCUGGAUCACCGUUUCUUCACGGAAGAUGGAAAGCGCGAGGUUCGCGGAGGGAAACUCUUGGAAAUCCGCUUUAGAUAACAAGUUGAAAAGUCCCACCCCGGUCUCGGUGGCCCUGAGAACCGGAGUCGGUGAUGGCGGCGGCGCACAGGCGACAGCUCCGCCGCGGAUAGACGUCCUUAACGGGAACCGGUGCGCGCAGCCCGCCGCGGGAUUAAACAUGAGCAGCAAAGCGGCGGUGAAAACCUCAAAAAGCGGCCGGGGAUUUACAGGAAACUCCAACUCGUUGCUGUUAAAAAGGCGGCGGUUGAAGAGGAACCUCUCCGCCUCGGCCGCCACCGGGAAAAUGAACCCGGUCUCGGUAUCGGUUCCGCCUUCCUCCUCCUCCUCCACACUGGACCGCAAGACGCUGCUGAAGCGUCGGCAGAACGCGCAGCUCCAACCGGCCGAUCGUCAGUGGAUCCGCGCCGACCUGCACCGCGGGUCUGUCCAUGUCCACGACAAGCUCGCGCCCUCCAGCCCACCGAGGCCCGUCCUGUGCACGCUGGAGACCACGGCGUCGGAGAUCGCCCUCCGUCUGAACCAGCUGGGCUGCAAAACCGCCUCCGUGGUGCGCAUCGGGGCCAGAACUCACCCGACCACCGACGUUAACGGGAACUGUCGCAGCCGACAGGACGUCGUCGGGGAUAUCGGGUCGGAACCGGGCGACAGGUUGAGACUCUUAUUGCUCCAGACGGUUCCUGAUGCGGUACUGUUUUCACCACGUCCGGACUCCGACGGUCUGGACAGUACGCGCACGCCGAAUGACGACGACGAGGACGACGAGGGCGACGACGAGUGCCCGGGCGGCCGUGGACGAAACUCCGUCUCGGACGACGAGCUCAGCUCUAAACUCGGCGAGCACCGGGACUCCCUGAGCGACGACAUGGUGUUAGGGACGGACGCGUCGGCGCUGAGUCCGACGUUCGACAGCGCCGCAGAGGGUCUCGAUACGUACGGCAGCUCCUCGGACGAGCUUGAACUGGACGGACCUCCGAGCAGCACCGCCGACCCCGUCCUGCCAGAUCUGGAUAACUUUACCGACGACGUUAAGGACCGAACCGAGCAAAUGAGCCUGACGUCGGAUUCCGUAUCGAAGCUUGGCGACGAACCCGACCUUCCCGCGUCCCCGGUAUCCCGGUCCCGGGUCGGCUCCGCGUCCGAGUUCGACACGUCUCCGGCGCUGUACGUGCAGCUGCACGGGGAGGCGGCGCGUCCGCUCGGCCCGGACGAACGACCGCUGCAGCUGCAGAACGACUUCCUGUUCAAGCUCGGCUUCAAGGAUCCAUGGCGCGUCCAGGAGGAAGGCAUGAACACGGAGUUAGGGUCCCUGCUGCGCUUCUACGCAGGGAAGCCGUACAACAUGGCGAGCUCGGAGCGGGUGCAGCUCUCUGGGACGUACAACGUACGCAAAGGCAAACUUCAACUACCCGUGAACCGCUGGAGCCGCCGACACGUCAUCCUGUGUGGCACGUGCCUGAUGGUGUCAUCGAUUAAAGCCAGUUACGCGGGCAAAAUGCACAUCCUGCCUCUGAUCGGGGGAAAGGUAGAGGAGGUGAAGAAACACAGCCACUGUUUGGCCUUCAGCUCAGCUGGGCCUCAGAGUCAGACCUACUACAUCAGCUUCGACAGCUUCACAGAGCACCUGCGCUGGCACCGUCACGCCGCCAAGAUGGUGUCUCAGAGGAUCAGUUCGGUGGAUCUGUCGUGCUGUAGCUUGGAGAAACUUCCUCCUAACCUGCUCUACAGCCACGACCUCACUCACCUCAACCUAAAACACAACUUCCUCCCCGCCGACAACUCGCUGCAGCAGCUCCAGAGGUUCACUCGGUUGCGGAGUCUGAACCUGUCCAAUAACCAGCUGGGAACGUUCCCCAUGGCGCUGAGCUCCAUCUCCACCCUCACCGAACUCAACCUCAGCUGCAACUGCCUCAGCAACCUCCACCCCAGUGUGGGCAACAUGCACAACCUGCAGACGCUGCUGUUGGACGGGAACGCGUUAUCGUCGUUGCCGUUGGAGUUGGGCUCCCUGCAGCGACUCUGCUACCUCGGUCUCUCCUUCAACGAGUUCAGCGGCGUCCCGGCCGUGCUGGAGAGACUGAGCGGCGUCGAGCGCCUCUGCAUGGCCGGGAACAGAGUGGAGCAGCUCGUGCUGCAGACCUUCCGCCUGCUGAGCAUCAAAUACGUCGAUCUGCGACUGAACCGGAUCUCCAGCGUGACGCCAGACGAGCCGGACUUCCUGCGCCACGUGACCCAGUUGGACGUGCGGGACAAUUGUCUGAGCGAGCUGGACGCCUCUCUGUUCCCUCGUCUGGAGGUGCUGCACUGCCAGAGAAACCGCAUCACCCGGCUGCGGCUCCGGGGCAGCACGCUCAAGGCCCUGUACGCCUCCGGCAACGAAAUCCGGGAUCUGGAAGCGAGUCCAAUCGCGUCCAAUCUCACCUACAUGGACGUCUCGAGGAAUUGUCUGGAGGCGUUACCGGCGUGGCUGAGCGACAGCAAGAAGCUGGAAGUGCUGGACGUCAGUCAUAACUACAUCAGAGAACUGCCUCAGUGGUUGUUCUGCAAUAGCAGUCUGAGGAAGGUCCUGGCAGGUCAUAACCGUCUGCAGCGUCUGCCUGAGCGAGUAGAGAAGCCCGUGGUCGAGGUUUUAGACGUCCAGCACAACCAGCUAGUCGAGCUGCCAUGUAACCUCUUCCUCAAAUCCAACAGUUUAAGGUGCCUGAAUGCUUCGGCCAAUAAGCUCGAGAGUCUGCCACCCUCCAGCCUAUCAGACGAGAGCAACAGCAUCCUGCAGGAGCUCUACCUGACCAACAACCACCUGACUGACAAGUGUGUGCCUCUGCUCACCGGGCACACACACCUGAGAGUCCUGCACAUGGCCUACAACCACCUGCAGACCUUCCCUGCCAGUAAAAUGGCGAAGCUGGAGGAGCUGGAGGAAGUGGACCUGAGCGGGAACAGGCUGAAGGCUGUGCCCACCACUAUCCUGAACUGCAGGCGCAUGCACACACUCAUCGCCCACUCCAACACCAUCGAGGUCUUCCCCGAGGUCAUGCAGCUCAUGGACAUGAAGUGUGUAGAUCUGAGCUGUAAUGAGCUGGUGGAGAUCACACUGCCUGAGAACCUGCCUCCUAAACUGCAGGAGUUAGACCUGACGGGGAACCCGCGCCUCAACCUGGACCACAAAACCCUGGAACAGCUCAACAACAUUCGCUGUUUCCGGAUCGACCCGCCCCCUACUUCGUUCUCAGCCAAUGACGCUGCAGGUGGGCCGGCCGUCUGGAGUCACGGCUACACCGAGGCAUCUGGAGUGAAGAACAAACUGUGUGUAGCAGCCCUGUCAGUGAGCAGCUUCUGCGGGAGUAGAGAAGCUCUGUACGGGGUGUUUGAUGGAGACAGGAACGUGGAGGUGCCGUAUCUCCUGCAGUGCACCAUGAACGACAUUCUGGCCGAGGAGCUGCACAGAACCAAGAGCGAGGAGGAUUACAUGACCAACACCUUCCUCGUCAUGCAGAGGAAGCUGGGCACGGCUGGGCAGAAGUUAGGUGGUUCGGCCGUUCUCUGCCACAUCCGGCACGACCCAACGGACCCAGCGGGCUGUUUCACGCUCACAGCUGCCAACGUGGGGAAGUGUCAGGCGGUGUUGUGUCGAGAUGGUAAAGCCCUGCCGCUGUCACUGCUGCACAACAUCGGCCUGGAGGAGGAGUACAACCGCAUACGGCAACACAAAGCCAUCAUCACUGAGGAUAACAAAGUGAACGGCGUGACUGACUCCACGCGGAUCAUGGGCUACUCCUUCCUGUACCCAGCUGUGCUGCCGCGGCCGUAUGUUCACACGCUCCCGCUAACACCCCAUGACGAGUUCUUCAUCUUGGGCAGCCGCGGCUUGUUUGAGGCGUUGGAGCCGGCUGAGGCUGUGGAGGCUGUGCGCAAGGUUGCAGAUCCCCUCGCCGCCGCCAAGAAACUGUGCACACUUGCUCAGGCGUACGGUUGUACCGAGAGCCUUAGCGCUGUGGUGGUGCAGCUAAGCGUGACUGAGGACUGCUGCUGCUGCUGCUGUUGCUCAUCCUCUAGUGGUCUCCACGCGACCCCUCAGCCACCUCCUAGUCCCGGUCCCGGCACGGGCCUCUAUCCGCCCUCAGCUGGCGUACCACCUUCUUCCUGCAGCGAGAUCAGCUCGGAGGUCAGCGCCUCGGAGAUGAGCUCGGAAGUCGGGUCCACAGCUUCCUCAGACGAGCCUCCGAUCCUGCUCCAGGAGGCGCACCUUCACCUCCACCAACCUCCAAACCCAAACCCACGCCUGCUCUCCUGCUGCUCUCUUCACCCAACACCGACUUCAUCUGCCAUUAUGGCCGCCAGUUCCAGCUCCUUUCAACGUCAGUUAUCGAGCGCUACUUUCUCCAGCGCGCUCUCGGAUAACGGCCUGGACAGCGAGGACGAAGAGCCCAUCGCCGGCGUCUUUUCCAACGGCAGCCGACUCGAAGUGGAGGCCGACGUCCACUGCUUGCGCCUCCUGGCACCUCCCCCUCCACCUCCUCCGUGCACCCCUGAAAUUCCAGAUGACGUGGUACCUCCGGAACCAGAAACGACGCCGGUCCCUAGCGAGCCUGAGAAAGAAGGGAAGCAAGGCGAGAAACCAGGGAACAACACAACCUCCGAAGCGUGGAGCAAAACCCUGUCGCGCAGGAGAGGCAACGGCUCAGUGGCUCCCCACGAGACCAGCCACAACCUCAUCGAAGUGGCAGCUGAGGCGCCGUCUAAAAAGUCCGGUGGGUAUUUCACAGCUCCGGCGAUGCCCGACCCUGACGACCAGCUCAUCAUUCCACCUGAGCUAGAGGAGGAAGUGAAGGAGAUCAUGAAGCAGCAUCAGCAGGAGCAACAGAAGCCCAGCAAGAGGGAGCAGCCUGCUGAUUACUACGACACGCCGCUGUGAUGGCACGUACCAUUUAAAAAAACAAAACAUGGUUUCCUAAUCUCAGUCUUGGAGUGCCUCUGCACUGAACAGUUCAAUGUUUUCCCUGAUGAUUGCACGGUUAGUGGAAAUACGAGCAAAUUAGCUGAGCCAGGCGUUAAUUGGGAAAACGUUACCACUGUUAAGGUCAUUUCUGAGGACUGGGACUGGAAAACCCUGCUGUAUUUGCCACAGUGUCCACAAGUAUUUGUUCCUGGCCUGAAGAAAGACACCUUUAUUUCACGGACAAGUGAAGCGUUCGAAUUAGCGAAAUUGGCUGGACUUGUCUAUCAACUACUCGCACUAUAGCGUGACGUUUAUCUGCUACACGAACACCACGUCUGUUUACGUAACACCAGUUCCCCGAUGUCAACGAUAUCACUGCCUCUGUAUGUACUCUUCAUAAUAUUUAGGGUUUGUUUUUGUUUAUAGUGAGUAAACGGUUUGCAUUCGGAUUUGCGUAACUGAUAUUAUUUACCAGAGUCAUGGCCACUUAAUUGGUGACCUCCAGUUAAUCAUUUCUGUGAGAAUUUGGGUCGGGGGUUCGAGUUAGCAUGUUCUCCCCGUGCUGCGGGGGUUUCCUCCGGGUACUCCAGUUUCCUCCCCCAGUCCAAAGACAUGCGUUGUAGGCUGAUUGGCAUGUCCAAAUUGUCCUGCGAUGGGUUGGCACCCCAUCCAGUGUGUCCCCCGCCUUGUGCCCCGAGUUCCCGAGGAUAGGCUUCAGGCUCCCCCCUGCGACCCUGUUUAGGAUAAGCGGUACAGAAAAUGGAUGGAAGGUCAUGUGCUUUGUAGCUAUUAAAUAUAUCUUAAUAUACUAGUUAUAUACGUUUCUAUAUAUAUAUAUAUAAUAUGUUUAAUAUUGUACUGCAGAGGCAAUGAUAGCGCUGACAAGCUAACAGGAAGUAAACAUGUUCGUGGCUCAGACAGACGUCGCGCUACACCGUGAAAGUAAUCUGUAGACCUGUAGACAUGGCAGCUCUCCAUAGAUUUCACUUAAGAGCCGUUUUAGACAACACACACACACAUUCAGGCGUUCAUCACAUCCUCAUUACACCACAUCCACAUCAAUGCACAAAUCCAAUUCCUGCAGUCCAAACCAAUAGGAUAGCCUUUCCCCGCGAGCCGACCAAUAGGACGUCAGAGAAUCCCUUUAAGAGACUCCAGUCCCAACCUGCACACUACCGUGCCACUCCCCUUUAAGAGCUCAAAUCAGCUUACUACUGACCUACUGACUGUUUGGUGUUUUAUUUACAUUGAAAAAGUUUCAGUAUCCAUAGAGUUCAACACUAGUCUUGCGAAGAUAUAACGCAUUACCACUCAACAGAAUUGUGGGAUUUUUUUUAUUAUUAUUAUUAUUUCUCCUCUCUUUUUUUUUUUUUUUUUUAAACUUACCAUAUCUUUUAUAUGAGGAAACACUGCAAAAGACUUUUACAAGAAAUGAGGAAAAAAAAAAAAGCAAAACAAACCAAGAGGCAAAGCGCAGAAUCGUUUUGUUUGACAUGGUGAUGUGUAGUGCACACCGGUUAUACCACGCUUAUCUGUUGUAGAUAGGGCACUUAUGUAAGACUGUAUUUCUUCACUAAAUCAAGGCUUCAUGCCUGUAAAACUAGAAAUUUAGUAGAAAUUGAAAAAGACUAACUCCUAGGAGUUGCGUACUCUCUUAUGGUGACCUAGUCACUUUUUUUUACUAAUCUUCUCUGCGAGAAAUGGUGAUUUUGUUCGUUUGUUUGUUCGUUUUUGUUCCAAUGACUGUAAAUAAGAAAUAUUGUAUACGGAUGCUUUUUAAAGGAACUGUGUGCGUCUGUAAUAAGCUUAUUCCUUCCUUACACACGAAAGUACACAAAGGUAUUCAAUACGUUAAACAAAUGACUUUUAAACAUUAUGCUCGGUCUUGUUGUCACUGUCCGGUUAACCGCACACACAAACUGCUCAUUCUUCCGUUGUCACCAGCAUGACCAGUAAUGAUUACGUGUAAUCAAACCACACAAAAUGUUCCUGUUUUUUUGUUUGUUUGUUUUUGUUUUUUUGGUUUUGUUAUAAUAAAUUCUAAAUUUAUCAUGA